AUGCUUUCUGAGCUUGCUACCGCUAUUCAGGUAUCCAUCCGUAAGAACUACAACCUUACCAUCGAGUCAGCAACACCGAUCGGCACCGGCGCAAUGAGCACAACCAUGCGGCUUGCGACCAAUCAGGGAACAUUGUUCCUGAAAAUCUAUAAGUCGGCGCGAAAUCAGAAGACUCCUGCACAACUCGACCUUCAACGAAUCGCCUUCACGCACACUGUCCAAGACUUUUUAUAUGAGGAAGGUUUUCCUGUUCCUCGCUUACUGCCGAAUAAUAGCGGAGAAACGUUCAGCGUAUGUAACAGCCCUCUGGAAACAGGGGAAGUAUAUGCCCUCUCUGAAUUCAUUGAGGGAUCUGACUACGAUGUUGCGAAUUCGGAGCAGCUACGUGCAUCGGGGGAAAUGCUUGGACGUUUACACCAGCAGCUGCGCCUAUUUCAACCUCAAAUUCAGCUUGCCGGACCUUCCCUAGAAACCGAACUCUUUAUACAACUGGAAGCACGUUUAGCCCGCCUCCAACUCGUUGCGGAGAAAGAUCCGUCGGCACCGCCCCAAAUUGAUUCAUGGAUUGAUGAGGUUGGGAUUCUCAAAAGUGCAGUCAGUACAGUACACGAUGCGGAAUCCGAACAAGAUGUUGAAGCGGCCGUUGCUUACUACGAAAAGAUGCUUGAUGGCAAAGUUACGGAGCGGGUAGAGGUCCGCGGCUUACCAAUUGUUCGGAUGGAUAUCGGUGGAGAGAAAAUCUUCCUUUCGCCGAAAUUUGGCGAUAUGGAAGUGGAACCGACCAGCGGAAAUCCACGCUGGGGCGUUUAUCAACUGGCGUUUGGGGUAGAAGACCUUGAUGCUACCCUUGCAGAGAUGGAAGCAAAAGGGGCUGAGAUUGAAGACGCUAAACCGUCUGGCUUACCGAUCGCUUUCGUCAAGGGUCCAGAUAACGUACAGAUUGAACUCAUUGAGGGGACAGUCUAG